CCCGCAGGAUUGGGUCGGCGGGGGGCCAGCCCGGAAGCCAGCUUCCUCUAGGCUCCCCCUCUCCAUGAAGCCAAUCCGCCUUGCAGCCUGCCAGGCAGCUUGAGCGUUUGUUCUGUGCUUCCCUGCCGAGAUGUGAGUGAUUUUCUCGUGGGAAGAAAUCGGUGGUCCAGCGCCUGCCCAGCUCAAAUGCCACCCAACCCAGAGCAAGGCCUGAGGCCCAGGGAUCCCGGAGGGAGAGCAACGUCACACCUCCCGAGGACAGCCAGGAGGACUCUGGCUUUUGCUGAGCUGUGCAUCUUACCUCCUUCCUUCCAAAGACUUCAGACCCAGGCUUCACUCUUCUCAAGUCCUGAAUGCCCCUUGCCAGGCAUCCAACUAUCCCUCCAGCUCUAUCCAGUCCUAGAGCACACCUCCAAGACCUGGAGCCUGCCCUCCUGCUCAGAAUGACUCACCAUUAUUUCCAGCGCAAGUGAGAAGAUGUGACGGGGAGUUGAGCUGCCUGUUUGUGUAUCUAGUGGCAUCUGACCUGCUUCAAGGAAGAGAAGCUCAGGCUCCUGCCUGACCAGCCAAGCGAGACUGUGUCUCCAGCUCUCAGGGGGCUCUAGGGCUCUCCUGCAGGACCGCAGACUAAUGCUUCUGUGUUUCCUGGGGCCCAGUUACCAGCACCCUGAGCUCUCUGCUGCAAGCAGCUGGAAGGCAUAGAGCAACGCACUCUCCCCAGCCCCAAUUAUGACAGUGGCUACUGGAGACCCAGUGGAUGAGGCUGCUGCCCUCCCUGGACACCCACAGGACACCUAUGACCCAGAGGCAGACCAUGAGUGCUGUGAGAGGGUGGUGAUCAACAUCUCAGGCCUGCGGUUUGAGACUCAGCUAAAGACCUUGGCCCAGUUUCCAGAGACCCUCCUAGGGGACCCCAAGAAGCGGAUGAGGUACUUCGAUCCCCUCCGAAAUGAGUACUUUUUUGACCGUAACCGCCCUAGCUUUGAUGCCAUUCUGUACUACUACCAGUCUGGGGGCAGGUUGAGGCGACCUGUGAAUGUGCCCUUAGAUAUAUUCUCUGAAGAAAUCCGGUUUUAUGAGUUAGGAGAAGAAGCUAUGGAGAUGUUUCGGGAGGAUGAAGGCUACAUCAAGGAAGAAGAGCGUCCUCUUCCCGAAAAUGAGUUUCAGAGACAGGUGUGGCUUCUCUUUGAAUACCCUGAGAGCUCAGGGCCUGCCAGGAUUAUAGCCAUUGUAUCAGUCAUGGUCAUUCUGAUCUCAAUCGUAAGCUUCUGUCUGGAAACCUUGCCCAUCUUCCGGGAUGAGAAUGAGGACAUGCAUGGUAGUGGGGUGACCUUCCACACCUACUCCAACAGCACCAUCGGGUACCAGCAGUCCACAUCCUUCACUGACCCUUUCUUCAUCGUAGAGACUCUCUGCAUCAUCUGGUUCUCCUUUGAGUUUCUGGUGAGAUUCUUUGCCUGUCCCAGCAAAGCUGGCUUCUUCACCAACAUCAUGAACAUUAUUGACAUUGUGGCUAUCAUCCCUUACUUUAUCACCCUGGGGACAGAAUUAGCUGAGAAGCCAGAGGACGCCCAGCAAGGCCAGCAGGCCAUGUCACUGGCCAUUCUCCGUGUCAUCCGGUUGGUAAGAGUCUUUAGGAUUUUCAAGUUGUCCAGACACUCCAAAGGUCUGCAGAUUCUAGGUCAGACCCUCAAAGCCAGCAUGAGGGAAUUGGGCCUCUUGAUAUUCUUCCUCUUCAUUGGGGUCAUCCUCUUCUCUAGUGCUGUCUAUUUUGCAGAAGCUGAUGAGCGAGAUUCCCAGUUCCCCAGCAUCCCAGAUGCUUUCUGGUGGGCAGUCGUCUCCAUGACAACUGUAGGCUAUGGAGACAUGGUUCCAACUACCAUUGGGGGAAAGAUAGUGGGAUCCCUGUGUGCAAUUGCAGGUGUGUUAACUAUUGCCUUACCAGUCCCUGUCAUAGUGUCUAAUUUCAACUACUUCUACCAUCGGGAGACAGAGGGAGAGGAGCAGGCCCAGUACUUGCAAGUGACAAGCUGUCCAAAGAUCCCAUCCUCCCCUGACCUAAAGAAAAGUAGAAGUGCCUCUACCAUAAGUAAGUCUGAUUACAUGGAGAUACAGGAGGGAGUAAACAACAGUAAUGAGGACUUUAGAGAGGAAAACUUAAAAACAGCCAAUUGUACGUUGGCUAACACAAACUAUGUGAAUAUUACCAAAAUGUUAACUGAUGUCUGAUGAAACCUAUUAAUGUACUCACAGCUCAACAGGACUAAUGCAGAUGUUGCAUAAUAACCUGCAUUGUAGUCAGUGUUCUACAGUGUGCAUCUGGUUCUGCAUGGAAAGCAAUAGUUGUGCAAGUGACUUUUGACCUUUUGAUUUUUGAUUUAGAACACAGAAUAUUUGUCAUGACUUUCAUGAAAUCUUCAUCACUGACUUACAGGUUUCCAAAGAUGGGAGUCACCUAUGGAGCCAGUAUUUCAGACUGGCACAAUGCGACCACCUCAUAGCCCACACACCAUCCGUCAUAAACACCAUCCUAACUUCCUAACUAAAUGCAAACACACCUGGCAGGUGCACUCUCCUUACCACGCCAUACCAGCCCACUUCAGCCCACCUACCCCCUCACAGAGGAACACCAUCAUGGCCUAGUUUGAAAGUUCUGGUGACUACUCCAAAGGUCAUUCCCAUUUUUGCAGUGAAAGGAACAGACAGUCUUGUGUGUUGAAAUUACUUUCUGUGUCACAGGCUGAGGUUUGUGAAUUGCAGUUGCCAACUAGAUGCUCCGGAGGCUUCUGUUUCGUAACGGAAAUGCUGCAUUCUGCUUUUUCUCUGCAGUGUCAAUGUGAUGGAAGUCCAGGGGGGUGGGGGAGGGACAGUUAAUAUGACCAAAUAUGAGUUGUCAAGUUUUACAUCUGUUCCCUUAGGCCUAUGGGGAGAAGCUACCUAAUUUGGGGACUUCUCAGCUUCAGAUACCAUUUUGCAAGCUUCAGGGUCACAGAACAUAUUUGAUUUCUUCUUUUACUCUGGAGUUUGCAGACAUCUGCUUUCCUGAUGGUGUGGCCCAGCUCCACUCCACUGCAGUGGAGUAUACCAGUCAUGCAACAGAGCUGCAUGGGUGUUCACUGCAUGAAUUUCAAUAUUUAAAACACUGAAGAUAAUCUAUUUUCCUAGUAUCCUAUACAGUAUUCAUACAUAGAGUAUUAAUAGCCUUGGAAUGGUAUUGAACUGGGAUUUUCCCCAUCAGAAGGCAAAAGCCCUCCAUCAGGGAAAAGCAAAUUGACUAUUUGAAUGGGGAACCAAAACUUCUGGCUGGCCCUCAAGCCUGCCCAUCUCUGUUAUUUCAAUGGGAGCAAAGACCCUGCCACACCAGGACAAUUGAACAGAAAAUUCAGAGUCUAAACACUCAGAUGACUGAAACUUAGGAAUUAGUCUAGUCAUGGGCAUGACUACAAAGCUUACCAGGGCAUUGAUCCUGAGGACAGGCAGAUCUGUGGGUUCAAUGUAUAUAAAUAUAUAUCAGCUAUCUAUCUUUCUCAUGUGUUCCUCUAGUAAGCUAUAGGAAAAUUGCAUUUGAACAUUGUAUAAGCUUAUGCAAUAUUUUGACACAGGGCAAUUUAUGCAUGUGUUUGACUAUGUGCACUAGAAUAUAUAUAUACAUACACAAAGUGUGUAUAUGUACAUUAUAUACAUGCACAUAUAUAUAUAUAUAUUCAUUCUCUGGAGUACAGAUUCAGGAGCAAAUCCAUUGCUUGGUGGGUUGGUUGUAUCAGAAGCCCAAUGGGUAUGGUAAAACCCACUGGACCUGGGUUUGCUGUCAUUGCCUCAGACACACUCCAGUGUUCAUGGAUUCCUAGACAUUAGAAUUGUCUUUCUGCCCUCCAUGUGCUGCAGCUUCAGUUUCCCAUGGCUGAAGCUUGUCUUACUGAGUGCACAAGGGUCCUACAGCCCUCACAGCUCCAGCUAUCCUGGGCCAAGCCUCCUCUCUACAAUUCGUCUCGUUCAUCAUCUCCAUUAUUAUCCUCUCCUCUGUUUGAUUCUCUAUCAUUUGGCUCUGCAUCCAUCAUUUUCAUGAACCUGUCCCUAGGAUGGAUCCUCUACUUUGAAACCAAGGAGUAAAACUCCCUGGAACCAGAUUCUGCUGAUCUAGAGGAAGCCUCCUAUUGGUGGAAAUUUCCAAAUUCCAGAACCAAGGGAUGGAUUCCCUACAAGGCCCAAAGAAUCAUUUUGAUUACUAAAGUCACACUCUCUCCCUAGCACACUGGUAGUAAGAGCUGACCUUUUUGAAAAAAAGAACCAAGGGAUGGGUAAAGAAUUACCCCCACCCCAAGAACAGGUAAAGUCUGAAUGAGAGCUGUACAGCCUCAAAGUAGAGAAUGUGUUGACCCUAGGAAGAGUUGUGGGGACAGUUUUUGCUUCUUCGUGCUGGGCUUCUUUGCCUUUUGACACAGUGGCUUUAAUUCCCCAAACACAUUGAAUCACAGUCAGGGUGUUCAGCAUUGAUUCCAACCCAGGCAUCACUGUUCACUAGUUGGUACCUAGGGGAGGGGGGCACCAGCUCAGGGUGCUAGUCCAGGGUGCUCAUUAGUUCCUGGUCACCCACAUCCCCAGGUGACUGCAGGGUAUCCCAUGCCAGGCACAAAGCCUCUGUGCUUCUCUUCUUCUCCUUUGUGGGAGGUGGUGCUGAACUUAAUGACGUGGGGUGGGAGGGACAUACUUUGGAUGUAGGUUAAAGCAACCCAUACAGAAGUGUAGGUCAGGGGAAGUUACCUAUUCACACAAUCCUUGACCAGGGAACCAUAAAAUAUGCACACACAUGCAUCAUAAAUAAAUGAUACAUCAUUGCCACACACAAAUAUAAAUAUGUGACAUAUGUGCAAAAUAUAUACAGUCCAAAAUAAUAUAAAACCAUAAAAGGUAGACAAAACAUGCAUAUGCCACCCAAGCAUAGAAUGUGCAUACCAACACAGAAUAUCUGCAAGGGGUGUAUUUAACACAUGUGCAAAUGCACAACAUAAACCUCAUGUGCAAAAUAUAUAAAUCCAACUGGAGAACAAUGGAUAAACAUACAAAAUACAUAAAUGAUUCUUUGUCAUUGUUUCUGCACACAAGUUCACCAUAUAUACAUAGUACAUAGAAUUAUACUAGAUGCACAAAAAAACAGUACCUAUGCCCAAUAAUACUCACAAAAUUUAGACACUGAAUCACUGACCAUGCCUAUGCUUCUACAUCUAAAACUUGAUGGGCAAAGGCAAGGGAUCAGAUUUAAUUGCUUUUCCUUGCCCAUAUCAAUAACCCUCAGUAUUCUCCAAGGAGCAUCUUCUUUGACAUCCAGCCUCAUUCCUGAGACCGAACUCCUGAGGUUUUAAGCAGAAAGAUGGGCCACUGCAUCAAGCACUGCAAUCUCCUGGCCUGACCUUUCACCUUUGUUGAAACAGCACUCAGGGUGCAGGGUGUGUGAAAUGAGCGCCAGCAACCUAAUAUAGACUUCCCCGAUAUACUUUUUAUUCCAGAGGUAAUUCACACAGAUGACUCAAAUCUCCAGAUUUGUCCCUAUUCCUUUGGAGCAGUGAUGGCUCAGAAAACUAGGAUUCUGAACCCUAAAUCAGGUUGAAAUAUCCCAACAUUCUUUGAGCCCAAAGACCUUAUUACCCAGCCUCCCAAAGUACCUCUUUGUCUGAAGCCAGGUCGGAAAAUUCAUUCUCUAUAUAGGCUUAGCCCCUAAAAUCAGACACCUUUUCUUGCUCAUGGCAUUUCACUCGCUCUUGGGCACAAGUCCAAUGAAGUCAACUCUUGAUCCCCAUCUAUGAGUGUUCAAUUUAGGCAUGCCUCCCCCCUGCUUUCCCACCAGGGCUCCUAGGGAAGCCUGGCCCCCCAUUCAAUUGUUGUGCCUUGAUAAAAUUGCAGACCAAUUUAGCUGAAGUAAAAUGUGAUGAAGGACAUUAACCUAUGGCUAAAGAAGCAUUAACAAUUUUUAGAGAGCCUGAUUUUUAUCCUCUAUUCUAACACUAGAUUUAACCACUUGGUAAGAUUACCCAGCAUCCUAGAGCUCUGGGGGGCUGCUUCUUCCUGCUAAUAGGAUCAGGUGGAGACUGAGUGCAUUUGGGCAAAGGCUUUAUCUAAAAUGAAAAUUAGGAGUUGAUCCAGCCUUGGACCAAACUUUGUGGGCUCUACUCCUAUGGCCCUGGUUAUCUUAACCCUCCCUUCAGGGUUCUGUAGAGGAGGCACCAGGAGCAGAGAAUGGACAUGUGGCCCACAACUUGUACAUUUAAUACACUGGAAUUUGUGUUUCCAAAGCAAUAUGUCAAUUUCCACCCUAACUUCAUGAGUUGGCUCUGUGGCCUCAGAUUUUUUAAAAGUUGGGGUUUCUGGGAGGUUGAAAAGGAAGGCAAUGAAGUUGUCAGGGAGAAAAAGUAACUGAGCUGUAGGCUUUCUGAGUAAAUUCAUCAAGAACCAAGUUUUCAUGGGUUAAAUUUAAUUCAGGAACCCAAAUUUAAUCUAGUUAAGGCUCUGUGCCUUCCUGGAACUUCAGAGGUGUAUGAGAGUGAAGCCUUGGUGAGAAAAGGCUGCGUUUCUGAGGGUCCUCAGCCCGGGAAUUCAGUGCCAGUCGCAGUGGUGGAGAGGAGGUAGAAACGGAUCUUCCCCAAAGAAAACUAUGAACAGCAUGCAAAGGCCAUAAGGAGAGCCCAGUGCUCUGACUUGCUAACCUAGACGGGAGGAGGAACCCAGAGCUCUCCUGUGAACCCCGCUUCACCUGUCAUAACAAUCUUCAUGUGUGGGAUGCAAUGGCUACCUGGCCUGAAAAGGGUCUGAUGUCUAGGCUAUUACUCCUGGUUAUACAAUAGAGGUUCCUUUUGCCUUGAUAAAUUUUCCGUUGUCCAGGUUCAAACUCAUGACCUUAACAUCCUCACUUGCCACCUGAGUCAACCAGCAGGAGACAUAUGCUGGGAGCUGUCGUAGUAGUUGUUGUGACUAUCAUCUGUACCCUCAGACUUGGCCCUUGUUGAGAUCAGUCCCCCCAGCCCCCAUGGAGCAGAAAGCGGGGACAGGAGGGGUAAGAGAACUCUUACCCUAGUUCCUUUGCCCUUCUUUCUGCUUCCUUUGCCCGUAGAACUCAGCUCCAUCCCUCAUAGUUUGUGUCUAAUGUUUUUAAAAAGGAAAUGUGCAAUAAAAGCAAUAGUGACUGUUUUCUUUAGCAAUAGCUCUUUCAAAAACCUUGCUCUCAGGACUGAAAAGUGAUAGACAGUUUAUAGCUCAUCAGAUAACGUCCUUGAUCUCUGGACAUUUGCUCAUGCAUUUCUGUAGUUCUUCUUCCCACAUGAUCGCAUGAAUGGUUCCUGUCUGCCGAGGUCUGACCUCCUUCUGAAAUGAACACACACACAGAGGUUCAGUGUUCGCCCAAGGAAGGUCCACGAGAAGGCAUUCUUUCCGUCUCUCUUUGGUGUGCACCUCUCUGUGUGUCUCAGUGCCCUCUUCCACUGCCUUUCCUGACUACCAGUUCUUUAACAGCACCCUAGAAAUGUCCAGGCACUGAAAUCUUGCAUUUGAGUGACCUCAUGCCAGCCCAUCUUGUUGACUUUGUGUUUAUCUGUCAGGUAUAAUGGAAGCCUAUAGGAGAGCGCUUACUAAUAGAUAAGAAUAAAGCAUCCUGAGCCAUUAUAGAAGGUCCUUUCCAUGCACUAAAAGCCGUUACUUGAUUCUUUUGCAGCCCUCUCUGGGGAGAUGAAUAUGAGGGAACAUAGCCCUGAGGUGGACACCUGGGAUCAGUUACUUGAAAAGGUUUGGGGAUUGUCCUCUGACUCUCCUUCACAAUAGGCUGACUUGCUCAACCACAGAGACUCUAUCGGAGCUUUAGAGCAAAAUGAGUCUUAUGGCUUUGGGUAGAGGUGGAUAGGUACGGAGAUGAGGGUGGUCAGGGAAUAUCAUUAGUGAAAUAAACCCCAACUCCCACUGCAGGAUGCAGCUGUGAAAAUAUUUCACAUAUCACCCAGGGUUUUGGAAAGGACCCCUUUCUUGAAGCAUCUGUGAAGUGAGCUAUUCAUGUUCAGACUGGAAUCAGGGAGGGCUGGCGACCCCAGGAGCCCAUUCCAUUCCUUCUCAGUCUUCUUUGCUCCACACACCCUUACAUAGCCUAACCGUGGGAAAUCUCAGGGAGGAGAGUGUCCUGUAUGCUUUACAAUCCUGGUUAUUUGAGGAGAGAUGGGAAAAUGUGUGGUUCAGUCUUUGUGAUUAGAAAGUAGUACUUCCUUAAUAGGUUAGUAUAAACUCUUGCCUUAGUUAAGUAGAGCAUUUAGAGAACACAAAAGACCUUGCAUGGCUCAGAGUCAAACUUCUAAACCUCAGUUCUUGGUGUAUGGAGACGGAGGUGAAGCAGAUCAAAGAGACAGGUUGAGUGGUGCUGGCUGCAACAAAGUGGAUGUGGGCACAGCAUAGAGUAUCAGAUGAUGCCCUUGCUUGCCUCUUCCUACCAGAAGUAUAGAAAGACAACAUGAUUCUUGUCAAUAAAGGUUUUAGUUCAUUGGUCCUGAGUUGUUAGAGUUGUUCCAUAUAUACAUAUGCCUGUGUGUAGAUAUGUAUAGUACAUGUAUCUAUGUAUGCCAUUAUUUCAAACAUUACACAGAUGGAUGUUGACCAUUCUCAGUUUCACUAGUGUGGAAUAAAUUUGGCAUUAUAAGGAAUACGCUGCGUUUACUUGAAUUUUAACAUGACCUUUUUUUUUGCAUUCUUUCCACCUCUCCAGUUCUGUGCUUUUUCUGCUUAAGAGACUAUUCAGAAGGCAUUGCUUCAAACAAAAGAACAGGCUCAGGGUCGCCUCUGUCCCUUCCCUGCCAGGUGGCUGCCUGACUCAAGGAUCAAAGGGAGGUGUGAUCCCAGGGCCAGGUGCUGUCUUAUCCUUUAUUGUCUGCCUUGGUUGUCUGUAACCUCAUCUCUCAAGAUUAGAAAAGCUAUACCCAACUUUGUAGCUCUAGGGGAGUGGAAUGCUCGGAGACUUGGCACAGGGCUGGUCUAUUUAGUUUUCUCUUGGUCAGUCUUAAGUGUCCUAGGUUUGAAUUUCUUGAGUUUUUUUGGUGAAACUAAACCAGCAUGCAGUUGAAUCCAUUUAGAGACCAUUUAGUGGGAGCAGAAUGCCAGGCCUAGAGUAACCAAAGCCCUCUUGUCUUCUUGGGGAUGAGCUGUGUACACCAUUCAAGAAACUUCUGGGUGGGAGCCUAAACAUGCCCUCCUCGCUAUUUUGCCUGGCAGUGUUAAACUCACAGAGAAACAUUGUCCUCAGCCUCAUCUCCUGCAUGAGACUGUAUGUACUCUACUUGGAAGUGGGUGGGAGGGAUUCCUCACUAGUAUCUGAAACAGUCAAGGUGAUACAGGAGUGGCUGUCGUCUCCCCACAUUCCCAGAAGCUUGGCAAUCUGGUCAAGCGAGCCGUCAUCCAGCAGUAGACACCUUUAACCUUGACUUGGCAUGACCAGCUGGUAAGUGCUGCAGUUGGCCUAUCUAUAUGGUCACCUCUCAUCCUGCAUGAGCCUCAGCAUGGAAACUCAUCUAACUUCCUGUGCUCUUCUACAUCCUAAAAUAGGCAGAUGUGUUCCAGAUGAGUGUGCAGCUGAGAAGCCCUUGCAUCAUUCUACUGACGGAUGCAUAGGGCAGGUGUGAUUACAUAAUAAUGUGGACAGCGCUGCAGCAGCUACAUAAUUAAGGGAAGUAGAGAAGUGACUGGGUGAUAGGACCUUAGGUAGCUACCCAGAGGACUCCAUGCUUUGUCUCUGGGUCCUUGUGAGAGGCCCCUAAGCCCUGCUUCUCCUUGAAAAUGACUCCCUAGACAGUGCUGCCUUGUUUGUCUGACUGCAUAAACACUCCGGGCUGCAGGGAAAAGCAGAGGAGGAGCUUAGGGAAGAGAUUGUUUUGUAGCAGACACUUUCCCUAUUAGCAGCAAGUGUGACUGACUUCUGAACUUCCGAAGGAUAGAGCUGAGACUUUGGCCUGCCAGGUGAGGCUAGAGAGGAGCACAGCCGCUCAAGGCUAAGAACCGGAAUAGGGAAGCAGGAAGAGAGGCCUGGGAGGCUCCAGCAAGGGUGAGUCUCAGCUCCUGAGAGCUUGAACAUGCUCCGUGCUGCCCCAGUUCUGCCUUCACGUGGGAGCCAGCGACCCAGUUUCCUUUUGUUGUCGUGCUUGGAUGCUUCCCUCAUUUGAAGGGCUCCAGGAAGCUGGAAAGUCCCAUGAUUGAGCUCCAGCCUGCUGAACAAACAAUGCCCCAGCCAAAUUGGCCUCUUCCUGGGUUUCUGCAUCCAUGCACCCCUCUCUCCCACUGAGGGUGAUCUUGGAACAGCCAGGAUUAAUGGUGUCAGCAAGCAAGGAGGAUUCUCUUGUUUCCAUUACAGACUGAGCUAUAAAGUUCACAAGUGGGGGUGGGGCUGUUGUGUGCUUAUGUGCUUAUUAUAUAGGCCAUCUCUGGAGAACAUAUCUAUAUAUAAUAUAUUUCAUAUAUUAUAUAUGUGUGUAUAAAUAUAUAUGUGUGUGUGUAUUUAUACACACAAUGUGGAAAUGGCCACUCACUUAGGCUCAUGCAAGCACAGAAUAAUUAGGGUUUCCACUAGCUUCUUUGCUGUUCAUGCAUGACUCUGCAGCUGCCCUCAUGCCCCGUCUUUAAAGAAUCACUGAAAACUCAAAGAGGAGAGGAAGAUAAAUAAGCCUCUUUGGGAUCAAUAGGAAAAGGAACUCCAAGGCUGAUGGCAAAGCUUCCUAAGGAUGAUGCUGAAAGGGAACUUGGGUCUCCAUGGUGAUAAGAGACAGAGAGCCAAUAAGAGCUGAAGGCGGAGCGGGACUUGUGUGGAGGACUCAUGGGAGUUGGAAGUCAUUUAACUAUUUGUUUGCUUCAUGACAAUUUAGACACCAGCUGUAACUGCUUGCACAGGAUGUAGAGAUGUUAUCAUUCUUGCUGACAUAUCCUGGAAGCUUUCAGCCUCACCAACACUGCCCCACCCAGGACUUCUGCAGCUGAGAGUUCCUGUGUCAGUAGGGUCUGGUAUAUGUACAUAGAUUAUACAUAUAUGUGUACAUAUGUGCCUCAAUGAACAUUGCCUGUUCACCUUACCAUGGGUGUACAUAGACUUCAUAGAGCUCCACAGUCUUUUGUAAAUAUUGACACAAGUAAAUAAGUAUAUAAAUAUAUAUUACUGAGGAUUUAUUUUAACAUCAUUCUGUGUGAAAUGACAAAAAUAAAAUUUUUGACAGACA